UCAUCACUCAGGGUUGAAGUCAAUGUCCCCAUUCUACCCCUAGGAUCAUUAGUUCCUGUCUUGGAGCUUAAAGUAGAAGGGCAGGGGCAAAUCGAUGGCAGUUUUGGGAUAUAGCCGAAAUUUCGGGUUGUUUCCGGGCGGGCACGAAUCAGGCGGUGAAGCCCAUUCCCUACUCUGAAGGCACUUGCAUGGUGGAGAAGCUCUUCGGAAUUCUCACCGACGAUUGAAGCUCACAAACCCACCGUUCAUUUACUUCUCUCUCUCUCUCUCUCUCCCCCUUCUUGUUGGGUGGUUUAGGACAUUGGCGACACCUUUCUGACGCUGCCGGGCGUUUUAACAACCGAAGCCACAGUUUAUCCUGUCGUGAGAAUUGAUGGGAAGGGUUAAGCUAAAGAUAAAGAGAUUAGAGAGCACUAGUAAUCGACAAGUUACCUAUUCAAAGCGGAGGAAUGGAAUCUUGAAGAAAGCCAGGGAAUUAUCAAUAUUAUGUGACAUAGACAUUGUCCUUCUAAUGUUCUCUCCAACAGGAAAGUCUACGGUGUUCCGUGGAGACCGCAGCAGUGUUGAAGAUGUUAUUGCCAAGUUUGCUCAACUAACGCCACAAGAGAGGGCCAAAAGGAAAUUGGAGAGCCUUGAAGUACUGAGGAAAACCUUUAAGAAGUUGGACCAUGACGUAAAUAUAGAAGAGUUUUUGGGUGCAAGCAAUCAAAACGUGGAGGAUUUGACUAAUCAUGUAAAGCUAUUGCAAGCUCAACUGGUUGAAGUAAACAGGAGAUUGAGCUGUUGGACUGAUCCAGAUAGGAUUGACAAUAUAGAACAUCUAAGGCAGAUGGAAGACUCUUUGAGGGGAUCGCUUAAUCAAGUCUGUGCAUACAAGGAAAAUUUUGGGAAACACCGACUUAUGUCAUCAGACUGCCCUGGCGAGGCCCAGAAUUGCAUUGAUUUACCUUCGACAAUGAGGGGGUUGCAAGAAGCCCAGUCUCUAACCUGGCUUCCUCAUAAUGAUAAUCAACCCAUGCAGCAUUUGCUAUUAGCCGAGGACUCAAAGUUCCUGCCUCCGAGGGAUUUGGAGUGCUCCACAUCAGCCUCUUUUCCAGGCUAUUCUGGUUAUUGUGGCACAAGUGGACAAACAGAAGUUGGCAACCCAGGGCAAUUAAGUAAUGCGGGGCAAGAAGGAGGUGCUUUAAAUGAGUUUAGUAGAACUGCAAACUUGAGUCUACAACUCAAUGAGCCAUUCCCAUACCCUUCAUAUGGCAUUCUAAAUUUUAUGGAUGAGAAGAAAUUGAAAUCAGAGACAGGGAUGGAUUUUCAAGGAAAUCCUGCAGAGUAUCAAAUUAAGAGCAGCUUUGAAUUGCCUAGACAUAUAUAUGACAAUGGGUGUCAUACUUGGAUCCCUUCGUCAGGUCCUUGUGCCAUUUCCAUGUUCAAUGCGAGUUCAUACCCCCAGCAACCAAACUGACUUUCUAGAGUCAUGUUCCCCGGCAUCAAAUUGUAGAUGGACUUGGUUUGGACGAGGUCGACAAGUUCCCUUCAAUUUUCAGCGUGAUGCUGAAAAUGGUUUUGGUUUCUCAUGCAUAAUCACCAGAUGAAGUUUAGAAUGUUGAUUCGGGCAUACCUUCAAGGAUUGACGCGGUGAUGUUUAUUUGGUCAUUGAACAUGUUAUCUGUACAAUAUAUAACUGCAAAAAGAAGAAAACAUUGGCAAACCCAGUCUGUUAUUUAUUUAUUGUCUAUGUUUCUCUAGACCAAGUUAGUUGCUGAAGAUUUCUCCUAUUUAUUCAUCAAAACCCAAAGUUGUUAAGGGUAGUGCUACUUACAAAACUGUAAAAAUGUACUCUUUACAUAAAAUAAAGUAUUUUUGCUCCUUGAUUAGUUGAAAAAUAAUAAA